CUUUCUCUCUCUCACGCUCUUUCUCUCUCUCUCUCUAUCCAUCUAUCUAUCUAUUUAUCUAUUUCUGUCUCUGUUUCUCUUCGACCAUUCAUCGCAGAGAAGCUGUGCUAGGUGUUUCUAGCUCGACCACACCACCCUGCGCGUUUUUUCUCUGUCUUUGUCUCGCCUGUUUUCGUUUCCUAGAUAGCCGAGAGUUCGAGGUAAACAGAAACCGUUCGAGAACGCUUCCCAGGAAAAAAACUCUUCGUUCAGGAAUUUUAAACCUUGUCGGAGGAAACGUAUGUCCGUUGCUUCGCGCGUAUUUAUUAAGUCUUGAAUACUAUACGUAAACGUAUUAUACAUAGUAACGUAAUCGUUCUACGAUACUAACGGACUAUUGUAAAUAAAAAAUAACAUUGUACGGUUUCGUUUAAAAUAUAUAGAAAUAUGUUUUCUGUUAAACGUGUUCGGACUUCGCACUUAUUUGACAAACCCUUUGGGACAAUUUCGAUCGAUUAUCGAAUCACUUUCGUAAAUCGAUGGGAGAGCAGAGCGUUGGCACGGUACAGUCUCUCUCUCUAUCUCUCUUUACAAUAAUAAAUGUCCAUGACCAUGAAGAAAAGUGAAUUACAUGUUCGUUUUUUUCGAAAUGUCUGUAUUUUAUACACCUUAAUGCAUUAUGUGACAGAAAAUUGUGGUAGACGUAGCACUGUAUCAAAUGUAACACUAGAAGUAUUAUUAUUAUUAUUAUUAUUAUUAUUAUUAUCAUUGUAACCUAUUCUAUGCGCUGAUUUUAACAUUCCAUGUUUCUUUGAUGGUAUUUUUCAGCAACAGGUGCCAGAAAAUUGAAUUCUUCGUUACGCUGUAAGACGAAAAUAAAAGUAAUAAAUCAAAGAGUUUUUGCCGCGUUUGUUAAUUACCUUCCCGGAACGAAGUACAAAUGACUCAUUUGAAUAAUUAGAAAUCUGGAAACUCUUUUACUUUUGAUUUUCGUCUCAUACUUUCAUGGAGGAUCGCCUUCUAAAUUUUCUGCUACCUGUUGCCGCAAGCUCUUCGUUACACGCAAACUCGCAUCAUGGCAAAACGAUCUCUUUUCUUUCUUUUCUCAGGUACUUUCGUUCUCUUCCUAUCGUUUUCUUUUCUCUACUAUCUUUGCUCAACCGAAUUCGUACUUUCGCAGAGACAAUACUGAUUACCGCCCGCCAAUAAUAAUUAUCGCCACUUGUAUCGUGCCCUAAACCACGAUGCCACAGUCGUAGUUCUUAACGAAUACCUACAACGAAAGCCGACUAUAUAUCUAUAGUCAGCGGGUUGAUCGUCCACGCACAGCUCUAAUGGAAAAAUGGCCAUCGCCAAUCGAUCGCAAAGGCAUUUCCUCUUUCAUCACGGUAAUGCAUACCGUGCACGGCAAAAACCACUUUAGAAAGUAUCAAAAAUUCUAAACAUCCGACAUCGUCGCCAUUCCUCCGCAACCGUCGCAGAAUCGUUAACCCAAAUAAUCUGAAAAUCGCGACGAUUGUCCGCAAGCGGUAGGAAAAUGUUGCUCGAGAAAUUGCAAUGGAAACGGAGGUUUUUCGUUGACAGCUGAAGAGAAACGCGGGGUCGCCUAUGCAUUAACCCGAUAAUGGCAACCUUAGUCGUCGUUCGACGAAGUGUUUCGCGAUUAAUCAGCUUUCGAGCGCAGUCAGAUUAGCCGACUAUCGAUGAAACGCAGGCGGCGAUUCGCCACCGUCCGAGGCAUUUCUGCGAGCUGGUUUCUACGAUACGGAAAGGAACACCGAAUACCGCUCGGUCGGCAUCUGCCCAUAAACGUCACGGUUGUCCAGAGCGCAAGCUCAGUAUGGGGGUGCUUGCGACCAUAUACCCGACGACCAUCCCUGUUUUCAAACAGUCGUCGGGUUUGCGUGGGUGCCUCGCGGCCGUUCGACGCCGUGGAAGUCGGGUAACGCUCCUCGAUGUCAACGAACCACGAAAAGAUAGUACACGGCGAAACAUGGAUGGAAAUGAAACCGUGGAUACAGUGAACUACUUCCGUUGAGCAUUCGGGUUCGCCCCGGCGCAUGGGAAUCGCGCGAGAAUAUAUUCCGAUCCGUGCGCGGCCGAGCAUCGAAUCGACAGUGAUCCACGGUGAAUUCCACGGCGAAAUAUACAAUUCGAUCCGUCAUAUUCAAAUCAAUUUCCACCGAAUCGAUUUAGCCCGAGACUCCGAUAUCGCUGUUUCCAGUGCUCCGUUCGAAUGAAUCGCGCUCGAUGAACUAUUCGUUCUCGCGUUUAGAAAUUUCAUUAGGAGUCUCGCGUUCGUCGGGGCUCGCGCGGUCGACCGAGUUCUCAGAAUGAAAGAAAGUGGUGUUUAAGCAGCUGUCCUCGAUCGAAGAUACACGGGAGACAUAUAGCGGAACCCUUGAUAGCGGCGAAGAAUCGACUUUGGAUAAAACGGUACCGCCAGACGUCGCAAAGUUCGAAGAGGAUACACAGGCAGAACGAGAAUAAACUUCGAUUAAUCCAGUUGAGAAAUUAUCGGUGGAGCACGCGUUGCGACUCGCGACUCGCGGUCGACCGCCGCUUCGGGGGAAAAUAAGGGAAACAGAAGCGAUUUAUUCGAUUGGACGUUCGCGAUGGGACGAAAGCACAAGCGUCGCCUGAUACCGGAACAGGAUCGCAGAAUAUGCGGCAGCAUCUGCCUUUGUCAGUUCACCAUUGUCAUCAGCUGCGUCGCACUGGUUUAUCUGAGUGUGGCAAUCUACAUGCCCUCCCACAGAGCCUUUCACGCGGGAAUCGAGCCGGAUCCAGUCAUGUGCCAAACCAUUGAUACCACCUUGGCUAAUAAUUGUGGCUGGGCGAGUUGCGGCGAGUGGUGCUUAACGAGAACCACCGGAUUUUGCCCGCAGAUUCACGCAACUGUAAGACGGAAUGGUACAGACAUCGUUUUCCAGAAUUGCACGAAAUUCCAUAGCAUAUCGUGUCCACAGGUGAACAUAGCUGAUCUGAAGAAGUACAACUGCAACAACGGCAGCGAGUGCAGCGUGCUAUCGGGGGUAUUCGAUUGCAGCCUCGGUCAUUGUGCCAACUACAGCGAGCUGAUGCUCUGUCAUCACAAAGCCGACGGCAUCGUGGUCGACAGCGAGAAGGACAACAUGAAGCUAAACGGUUUCUUCAGCUGCCAGAGCUCCAGAUGCACGAAGAUCAAGCCUCCGUUCAAAUGCGAUCGAUACUGCCCGAAGAUCUCCACGUCCGAGGCGAACGUGUUCCUCAUGCACGACGAUAACGUCGUCACGGCAAGGUGCGAACGAGGAUUGGCAUUGAAUAUGGCCAACGGAAAUUUGCCUGGAACUAGGCUGACCACGCCCGUCAACAUUUGGAACAGUCGGAACACCAGCAUUGUUGCCAGUUGCAUGGCUGUUCACGCGGAGAGGGGGAUCGUAAGGGCAGAGGACUGCGUGAAUGGCACUUUUUUGAAGGAAAUUCCGGUUCCGCAACCGCACAUCAACUUUACGAGCUUUCUGAGCAUAUACGAGAAGAGCUUGCAGUAUCCCUUCGACACGACGAACGUCUAUAUGCCGGCGCAAGGGUCGCUCACGAUCUACAAUAGUUCGCGUCUCUUCAUCAACCUCGAAGGCUGCGUAAACACGCUCAAGGGAGAAUGUAAAGAUUUUCUAGCCAGUCACGGCCGGGAUGGCGACAAUCAGACAGCGCAGAGUAGAUACCCCUGUUACUAUAAUAAGAACAACUCGUUCUUCGUGGUGGCACGGUUCGACCUGAACAAGACGCGCACGGAACUGCUGAUCGCCGUGAUCGUGCCGUCGGGGCUGUUCGUGAUGAGCCUGACGACCCUGGUGAUCAUAACGCGAUCGGUGCGGGUCGGCGACGACGCGAAGAUGCGUUGCCGUUACUGCGUGGACAAGCAGCAGGUGGAGGGCGAGGACGAAGGGCUGGUCGAGGCGACCCCGUCCUCCUCCCAAGGUCACAUGAACGAGAACGAGAUCAAGAGCAUGGAGCUUUAGCAGUCUAAGACGCCCGGGACGAGCAGCGUGCUCCGGUACGAGAGGGUGCCACUGAUCGACACCGACGAAGCCGAGGACUCGUUUUAAGGCAUCGGCCGUCGCCGCGACGCCUCGCGACCGAGCAAUUCGAAUUACAGCGGAUCCGAUCGAUGCCUGCCGAACGAACGUUCCCGCGUACCUUCCACCGUGUUUUCGUCGCGACCACCGCGCUCCUCGGGGAAUCGAUCGACGGAUGUCGAAUGACAAGCGUGGCCGGCCAACGUCGUCGGCGAAUUAAUUGAACGUUGUUCCAGCGACGGUCAGCUUACGAGAACCGGGCACGUUCGCGUUCCAUCGGUCUCGUGGACUCUGGGGUGCAGAUCAUGGGGAGCCAUCGCUGUACGAGCGGUGCUCUGCUAUGGGGACGAUGACGCUACGCGAAGCUGUUUUGAAAAUGUAGCUAUCGGUAAGCCGACGCUUACGGUAUUGGUAAUUAAACGACACUAAUGGUACUUUUUCGUUUAACCCUUUGCCCUACGAUUUAAGCUUCGAGAACGUGUGCCAGAAACAAUAACAACCUUACACGGUUGCACGAAACGUCGGAAGUUGUGCCAAUCGCGAACUUCUUACGGAAUGUAAAUACAGCGAUUCCCGUUAAUAUUCGGACACUUUUCAAAACGCAGUAACUUUUUUAGAAGUGGACUGAACGACUUGAUUUUUUUUUUAGAUCAUAGAGCGGUCAGUUUACUAGAACAUGACUAGAAUGCUUUUUUUAAAGGUUGCUAUUGCUUAGAAUGACGAAAGAAAAUAUAAAAGAUUCUUGUUUUUUAACUUUUUUAUCUGAGAACGAAACGAACAUUUAAAAGAUGUGUUUUGCAGAUCUCGGUGAAUUAUAUUUAUCUCGGUGAAUUAUAAAUUUCUCCGAAAUCGAUUGACUUUCAUAUGAGCAGUAAAUAAUUAAGAAUCGUAAAAAUCGCAGCACGUCUUUCAGACGUGAUAAUCAUUUCUGGCCCGAUCUUUUGACCACGUCUCUCAGGCGUGAUAAUCGUUUCUAACCAGAUUUUUUAACCACGUCUCUCAGACGUGAUAAUGAUUUCUUGCCUAAUUUUUUGACCAUGUCUCUCAGGCGCGAUAAUCGUUUCUGGCCCGAUUUUUUUACCACGUCUCUCAGACAUGAUUAUCAUUUCUCGUCCGAUUUUUUGACCACGUCUCU